UCAGUUUGUCAAAUAAAAAACACGAUGAUUCUCAUAUAUCAUCAGUAUGUUUUCAUUACCGUUUCCUUUGAGGCUCGAAAGUGUUUGUGAUGAUCUUCCAGAUGAGUUUGUUCAGUUCUGUGGACGCGUUUAGUCAGUGACGUACAUUUGAUUCGGUUCGUAUCCUGGAUUACUAUCAGACGAAUCUGUCAAUAAUUGGUUGAAAAUAGACUGGUCAAAGGUCGUGAACUAUGGAGGCAGUCCUGAAGAGGCUUCAGACACUGACCUCAGAUCAGCUGAGAGACCAGAUCAUCAGCGCUGGACUCAGGUGUGGCCCGGUAACCGCCACCACCCGGAGCAUCUUCGAGAAGAAGUUGGCUCGAGCUCUUCUGGAGGGCAGUGAUGUGGCCGUGGUGCAUUCUGGGAGUCCAGAUCCCGUCGAAGAGCCAAUCAGCGAGACCGAAAACGGAGAGGAAAGGAAUCAUGACGCUCAAACGUCCACGGAAAGUCCAUCUGUUUAUUACGGCGUGUGUCCUCAGCCGGGCGACCCUUCGGUGGAAGAUGGCUCGCCGCUCGUGUACGCUGAGAAGACGAAGGCGCUGAAGGCCGUGAUGAAGCUGAGAGGCGCUCGGUUCAAAGCCUUCGCUCGUAGAGAAGACGCUGAGAACUUCGCUAAAGGUGUGUGUGACGGAGGCGCGUCGCCACACACACCCUCUCCGGAGAAACCCGGCGCUGGGUCCGUCACUGAGUGGCUGAUGAAUGCAGAUCCUGCUAACAUGGAGAAAGCCAAUGAGUUCAGGAGUCCUCGAACACAAGAUCUGACGGCGAAGCUCCGCAGAGCCGUGGAGAGAGGAGACGAGGACACCUUCAGAGAGCUCGUCUGGGGGAACCCAAGAUACCUCAUCGGGUCCGGGGACAAUCCCACUAUCGUGCAGGAGGGAUGCAGAUACAAUGUGUUGCACGUCGCAGCGAAGGAAAACCAGGCUGGAAUUGCUCGUCUGGUCUUGGAGACGCUGGAGGACCCGGAGUUCAUGAGACUCAUGUAUCCUCACGACCAGGAGCUCAUGCUGUGGCAGCGCAUCCGGUACAUCGUCGACCUCUACCUCAACACGCCGGACAAAGCCAGCAACGAGACGCCGCUACACUUCGCCUGCAAGUUCGGGUGUCCAGAAGUGGUGGAUGUUCUGUGUUCACAUCCGUGCGUGGACAAACACUGCAGGAACAAGUAUGACCAGAACCCGUCCAGUAUGAUCUGUGAGCGGAAAAACAGAAGUAAGGAAGUGAAGCAGAAGAUCAGGGAAUAUUUGGAAGACAGGUUUUAUGUGCCUCUGCUGCGGGCCGCUGAUAACACACUGCCUCCGGAGAUCAGCGCCCCCUGGUGUCCCGGGUCGCCGGAGUCAUGUGAUCGCUUCUACCGGCCCGACCGGAUGACGGACAGUCCCAAACACCCAACCAAGAUCAUCAAGGCUUUCGUCGGGCCUCUGAACGCAUCAAAGGCGGAGGAGUUUCACCGGCUGUGGAAGACGCCUCCUCGGGAUCGGGCCGGAUACUUCCAUCACAUCCUGAAGUCGGACUCGCAGCGGGGAGCGGAGCGGGUGGGCAGAGAGCUGGCUCGUGAGAUGGGACACCCGUGGGCCGAAGACUGGGAUUUCCUCCAGUGCUUCAUCGACCUGUCCAGCAGGGAAGGGUUGCAGAUGCUGGACGAGCACCUGAGGUCCACUGAGGCCCGUCUGGGCAGAACAUCACGGCUGACUCUUAAUCCGGCAGACGACGAGGAGCCGGAAGGAUCCCGACGCUUCCCGGUCUGUGACCUCAUGCAGGAGUUCGAGAAGGUUUUGCUCUCGGCGGAUCACAUGAUCAGAUGUGAUGAAGCAGACGACGGGUCCAGUAUCAGCUCUGAGGAGUAUUUCACAGCUGAUGAAGAUGAUGAUGACAGACCAUCUUCAUCGGCAUCGGAUUCGGGAUCAUCGUUUAAAUCCACUCGCAGCUCAGCGGACCGGGACACCGGCUCUGUGGAUCGACACCGAUCGGACGUUUAUAUCCUAGGUGAUUCUCCCUGUAAACUGGACUGUGAGGUUCUGCUGGCGCUGAGCGGCGUGGACAUCGACCCGCUCUCGCUCCCCAGCGUCGCCCGGUGGAGGGACAGGGUCAUGACCUAUUCAGCAUCGGAAACACAGAGCUGGCCGUCAGCUUCACCGAGUCGCAGUCCAUCGGCCUUCACACUGAAGCGGGUCACCGUCUCCCCGAAGCCCAGGAGCGCCGGUCACUUUCACCCGGGACAGUUCAUGUUCAGUCCACCGAGCAGAGCCUACACUCGCCUUUAA